AUGAGCGGCGUUUCCUUUAAGUUAUGCGGUUCCUCACCCACUCAUGCUUGCGGUAUUCCCACGCUGGAUGUGCAAGGUGGGCGUCAAUUAACAGCGACGUCAAUGGAUUUUCAGGAGAGGUGCAUUUCCCCAUCCUUUAUACCGAUACUGAAAGAGAUGAUUCCGCGGCACGAUACAGCGUUGGGGUUAGGUGGCAGUUGGUUUUGGAACUGUUACUUGCAUGCGCUUCAAGGAGAAGAUAUAUUUCUGGACCUGAAAGGCACAGGAGUUAGUUUGUCAGAAGAUUUGUUGGACGCGCAAGUGUUUCUGCGGCGCAAGUUAGCCUCUUUGGAGGCUGCGAAACAGUUUGCGGCUGCCACUGAACAUUGUUGUGCAAAGGUUGAGGUCCUCUGCGCCCUGUGUCUUUCUGUUGUUCUGCAUGUUUCACACCAGCCGAUGCUAGAGCGUGAACAAGGGCCUCAGGCUUUGGUGCUGUGCGCCACAAAGGACCAGUGUGAUGAAUUGUACGUAUUGCUUGAUCGUUUUGGGACGGCUCUGCAUUUGGUGACACACAACUUGUUUGGGGCGUACCCGCCCAUGCCAAGCGAAAAAAGGGCGGACAUCGUUGUGGGCACUGUGCCUCUCUGGGAGAGUGUGGCACAGUUGAGUCCACUUACCGUCCUUGAUGGCCUUGAGGGAAUUCUCUACCAGGUCUCACGCAAUUCGUGGUGGACGGCGUCAUCAACACGAUGGCGGUCCUAUUCGCUGGAUUUUGUGACCCAACUUGUCUUUGUGGACCUGGACCUGCAGAAUGCCUUGGGGUACGGACCAAUGCUGCAGCGACUGUUUGCUGCACACAAAAGGUCAGUUGUAGCGGGGUUACGGCAGGUAAAGAACAAAACGACUCACGGAGGUAGAGAAGGUGGUGCCACCUCCAGUGGGCUUCCACAGCGAUGCCAGGUGUAUUGUCUGGUUGGUGGAUGCAAGCAAGGAAAGGAACUUUUUGAGACACUACUGGUGUCGCGUGACAGGCGAGUGUAUGGCACGGCUAGGCGGGAAAUGGUGCGAAUCGCCCUUAAGCAAGCGGUGCUACAUGCAGACAGUAACGGCGAACGUGCCACGAGCGCUUCGCGCAAGCGUGGGCGCGAUGAGCAUGACGACGGCAUUGUCGUUGAGGGGGAGUCUGUGCGGGAACACCCCCGAUUGGUGGUGCACAACGCACUUUCGCACUCUCGGCUGAUGCUUGAUGUGACCGCCUUUGACGAAUUUGCGGCAGAGACGAAGCGACGUGCCAAUAGUUUUUGGUCAAGGUUUGAGGCAACCUCCGUUCUCACUGACAGCGAAAGCGGCACGAGGUCUGUUGUAGACGUGCAGUUGGCCUACGGAUGCAUGAGAUUCGAUCGGUGCGCUGCAAACAACGCGAGGACGUGGUUCGUGGCGGAAACAGUAGCUAUCAUCACUCCUGUAGGCGAUGGGACCACACAUCCGUCACGAACCGCGUUGCUGAUGCGGCACCUGGAAGACGAACUAUCCGGGCAGAUCUUUGAUGGAAGCGUUGUACAAUGCUUCUUGCACCGCGGUGCGAUGGAGCGUUUGGCAGCUGAUGUCGUGAUGUUGCAUUCUGUAUUUUCUGCCACGGCAAGAUCCAUCUCUCAGGAGCCACUAUUUUUGCGCUUGGCCGCUGAGGAGGAUGCGGCGGACGAGGAAGGAAGUUUGCCGGGAAACGCAGACACGGAUCAGGACAAUGUAGACACACGCACACGCCGCGCCCGUCUUCGUCAACAUGCGCAAGAGUCAUCGUCUGCGGUGAAGUGGACGUCCUCGUUUCCGUUGCAUAAAUUUCUUGCUCUGUCAGAGGUUCAGUCGCGGCGUACUGUUCUCGCCUUCCGUCAGAUUGCCCCAAACAUCUCGGUUUUUUGCGACAUUCAGAACACCGCCAAGCCAACGGCGCUGCUUUACUUGGAAGAGUGCUGCCAGUACGGGAAGGUUGUCUCGUAUUUUAUAUUUGAGCAGCGGCACGGUGGGAAGGAAGGGAAGGGCUGCGUGCAUUUUUUUGUGGAGUUUGCAACACAUGAAGCUGCAGCAGAGGCUGCACGGCAGUUUUUGCUGCGGUUCACAAGCGAGGGUAACGAGGCCGAAAACCACGUGCGUGUGAAUCUCUUUCCCAAUGAGUUGUAUUAUGAGGGAGUCGCAGUCGAAGUACAAAAACAACAGGGUGUAACAGGCGACGGAUGCGCCAUGCGUAAUAAUGAUACUACUACUAAUGAGGAUGAUGAUGAUGAUGAGAUGAUGACUUUAUGGGGGUUUCACUCCUUGGUGAGUAGAGAUAUGUUUGGGGCAGAUGCUGCCAUGCUACGGUGCACGUGGACGAUAUUGAGCGGGGCGACGCUGAUGGUGUUGCGGUGCUGUGGCGAUCUCUAG